AUGCACACACAUAUCGAGAGGACUGUGGUGAAUGCAGUUCGAGUGAGGAGAAAGCACACACAUAGUGAGAAUAUGAUUCAGUAGUAGUAGUAGUAGUAGUAGUAGUAGUAGUUUAACGAGGUGGGCCUCCGCCUCGUGUAGCUGCUUUAAUAUUUGUCCGUGUUACAAGUGGCAGACUGGCUCCUGGCGGUUUUGGCGGAGGGAGUAGAAGUAAAUGAAAGCGUUGUUUGGAGCCGCUGAACAAAGAGCUUUUCUUCCCUCUACCAUUGUUACCGAGCGGAGCGCCUGUAUUCUAACUGAUUCAGAGGUGGUUUCAGACUAUAAAAGUGAGGGGCAGCCUGUGCUCCAGUCAUGACCUCUGGGAAUGGGAACAGCAGCCAACACAAUGUUGAGAGUAAACCAGCCCAGGCCCUAGUCAAGUCCCACAUCCUCACCCAUCUGAUAGAAGGCUUUGUCAUCCAGGAGGGUGCUGAGCCUUUUCCUGUAGAACGUCCAUCUUUCUUAAUUGAAAGCCUAAGGCGCCACACAGCAGAGUCAAAGAUGGACAGCCUCUCACCAAAAGAGUUAAAGGCCCAGCAAGAGCCUAUGUUGACCUGUGAGCUGUGUGGCAGGGUGGAUUUUGCCUACAUCUUCAAAAGGUCGAAGAGGUUCUGUUCUACAGUAUGUGCCAAACGCUACAACGUGGGAUGCACUAAGAGAAUGGGUCUUUUCCCAAACCGCAAAACCACCUUGGAGAACAUGAAGAAACAAAGAGCACUGAAUGGAAACCACAAAAACUCCAGUUUAGAGUCUAAAAAGAAGAAGCCUGCUGCUCCUACUCUGUCUUCUGGUCACUCUGUCCACCCUGCACAAGGAGAGUCAAGCCAAUGUUCAGACUUGUCUGGCUACACAAAACCCCCGUCUUCCCUGUCAGCCACUCAGCGGGUGUCUGCUGUGCCAGGCUCUGAGUUGCCCCUGCUGCCUCACAGCUUCCUGCCCAGUGACCCUGGCCGGUGGAAUAUAGAAGAUGUCUAUGAGUUCAUCUCCUCGCUGCCAGGUUGUCUGGAGAUUGCUGAGGAGUUUCGUUCUCAGGAGAUCGAUGGACAGGCCCUGCUGCUGCUGAAGGAGGACCAUCUCAUGGGAACCAUGAACAUCAAACUGGGCCCCGCACUCAAGAUCUUUGCCCAGAUUAGCAUGCUCAAAGACUCAUAGCCCCCCCACCCCCACACACACACACACACAAUGGGUUGUGAUCAGGAUCCCACAUGUUCAGAUUCUGGGCCAGAAUCGUUUGAUGGGUGUUUUGUCAUGGUCUGCUAAACACAAGGACAUCAACUGGCUGUUCAACUCACCUUUUACAAGAAAACAUCCCAUUGUAUGACAAGAAUGGUGUGUUAGGUAGGCUGUUUUAGGAAGAGUGUUUCAUUGAGAACAUGUUUUGUUUUCAAGUAUUAUGAAUGUUCCUGCUGGAGAGGCUUAAGGUUAGCAGUUGAUUUGCUCUGCUAUUUUUCACAGGAACAUGUUGUCUCCCAGUGACAUUUCAGUCACUGGACUGGCCAUACAUUUUUUACAGGGAUAAUAUUGAAAAUACAAUCACUGGAUGGUGGCAGCCUUUUUAGCUACUUAAAAGGUGGAAAAAAUUACAUCAGGCAGGUUCAAGGUAACAAAAACAUUUGUUUUACUCUGAACAAGAAAUGUUUCCUUCAUUACAGUUGGUACAGGUCAUCUUAAAUUGAGGAUACCAAACAAAGGAGAAGAAAGAAGGAAUAUGGAGUAGGAGGGCUGUAGAAAGCAGAUUUAACAGCCACUAGCAGCACUGAGUUCACUGUUUCAUAGGCGCUCCCCAGCUAUGAGUGAAACACAAGUCCCGCACCAUCUUUGAAUAUUUGGUGUGUUGCGACUUCAGUGAAAGAGACUUCUCUUGGUAAUGUAGUUAUUGUGUGUAUAAGUUCCCUCUUGGCCAUAGAAAUAGUAGCUGACAAAAUAAAUCUCUUAGCUUUUUCCAGAGCUUUUUCAACCACAUCCCAUAGUCUCAAUCAGUGGAUUUUUGUGACUUGUUUUCUGUUUGUUUGUAUGAGGUGUUCAAUGACUGAACUGUUCCAGGAGAUGGUCUUGGAUCAGGUCUAGAAUAAGUGUUUAGCUCGGAGACUGGGAGACAGGGGAAAGCUGCUAGUCUGAGCAGUUGAGAGAAAGGCAUCUCAUAACUUAAAAGCUGUUUAAUGAUACUGAUAUUGUUUGCAGUUGGAGCCAUUUAUUAACCAGUAACCAUUAACAAGAUUCAGUGCUGUGUGUAAACAAGACAGUUUAGUUAGUGGAAAACAGAAUUUUUCACUCGAUACAGACCAGUUGUAUCUCUGCUUCCAGUCUCUCUGCUAAGCUAAAAGCUAAAAGCUUAAAGGUGUCUCUACUGAGCACAUGGAUGAAUCAACAACAGUUGAUUUGCUCAACAGUUGUAAUUAAAAAAUAACUAAAGAACACAAACACACUGUACAAACACACUGACUCAAAAAAUGUAAUCUAGCAGAAAAAUAUGUUGUGUCUGAUUUAUACUUCUGUGUCUCUGUACAGGGCUGGACAACACGACACAUGACAUGUGAUCCACCACAACUGUGUUCAUUCAACAUUUCAUUAAUGUUUGAAUAGUUUGUUGGGAUGUCAUCAUCAUCAUCAUUUUCUUCUGCUUAUCUGGGGUCAGGUCAUGGUGGCAGCAGGCUAAGAAGGGUAUUCCAGACACCCCUCUCCCUAGGAACGUUUUCCAGCUCCUCCUGGGGAAUUCCAAGCUGUUCCCAGGCCAGAUAUAUCUCUCAAUGGCGAGAUAUAUAAUCUUUCCAUUGAGUUCUGGGUCUACCUGGGGUCUCCUCCUAGUUGCAUGUGCCUUUGAAAACCCCCAAAUGAGCUUUUCUUCAUAUAACAAAGCCAAUUUAAUGCAGACCCUCUGUUCGCUCGCCUAUCAGAAAUCAGAAAAAGUGAAUGAGAAAUGAAUACAAAAAUGAAUUCUCAAAUGUUCCACCAUGAUGAGAUAUCCACACAGAAAUCACUGCCAUAAGUGCCUAUGGAGACAUGUUGACGCAGAGGUAUAAUUCAGACUUGAAAGAAAGCUCGAUAGUUUGUCAUUUCACAAUACUUUUACCAAAGUCAAGUGAAUGUUCCUGCUGAAUUGAUGUCACUAGUAAUGUGUUAAAGCGGAGGUACCCAUUUAUGGACGAUGGUAAUGAUAUAAUGGUUUCUUACUACAGAUGCCAUAACAUGAUUGCAAAGUUGCUCUCCAAGGUACAUUAUUCUAUUUCUGAAAAAAAAGCAGCACCUAUGUAACUAAUCUCGAUCAUAAAAACUGAGGCACCCAUUUCACUAUAGAUAGUGUUCCAUCAUAACUUUGAGUAGUUGUAUUCCAACUUUCCAAGAUCUGAUUGUUGCAAAAAGUCCACUGUAAUUUACCAGUUAACACUCAGAUAAAGACAUAGGUGUUGUUUGUUUACAGUAUCUUAUUUUGGAAUAAACUUGGUUUCUUUAAUGGGAGUUGAAAUGCAGUAAUGAUUGGGUCAUUAAGAUGGAAUGCAUCUGAAAGCAUCUGUGUCAUGAUAAUGACAGAUGUUUAGUAUGUUAGUGUGAUUGGUGGUGGACACUUCCUUAAUAUGCAGAAACCUGUAUUUUUAAAAACAGUAGAUAAAUUAACUUACCACUUUCAAACUGUUGCUAUUUUUCUCAUCAGUGUCUUCAUAGAUCAUCAGAACUUGGUGUUCUACACCAUGUACUUGCAAACAGCAACAUCACCUUUGCAUCAUUUUGCCUACCAGUGCAUGGGUGCAGAACACCCGAAACUGGUUAUACAGUAUGAAAAUCAAUAACUUUAAAGUUCUGUUCACGUGUGAUAUCACUAUUGGCAAGUUUUCAUAUGUCGUGACCAAAUUAUCUCAGCUCGAAGGUCUACUUGUUCGUUUUUAUGAGCUUUCAACCACGUCUCAUGAUCUUCAUCAGUGAAUCAUGGUCAUCAUGUGAUCCAAGGCUCAUAUAUAUCAAACUGAUAAAAUUUGCAUUUUCGACUUUAGUGAAAGAUAAAAUUCUUCACUGUUACCCAUACUGAUAAAUAAAUAAAAACUAUUUAUCAAGUUUCUUUUGACUUGAAGAUGCUCUUAAAUAUAAGAGAGCUGCAUUCACCAUAUGGAAUCUGCUUUAUUCCAUGUUCUCCUUCCCGAGUCCGGUUCUGCUCAAGGUUUCUGCCUCUUAAAAGGAAGCUGUCGCCUAGUGCUGCUCAUGGUGGAACUGUUGGGUCUCUCUUUAUAAAAGUGCCUUGAGAUAACCUCUGUUGUGAUUUGGCACUACAUAAAUAAAAUUGACUUGCAUAGGUCUGUUAAGUUGAUUAAGAGAAAAUCCUUGAAGACUGCAGUACAGAAACAGCCCAGUAUGCUUGUCUUAUUUCUUUUUUUGUAUGAUGGUAUAAUUAAGUAUAGUAUAUCAGCGUAAUUAAGCACAGAGCAGUUUUAGUCUAUUAUUUGUACUUCAAUAUAUCAUAGGAUGCCAAUGAAUUUGACACACCUUACUGCCAACAGUGUCUUGCAGCAGAAGUUUGUUUCUUAAUAUUUCAUCCCUACUCAAAUAUUUUUACCUCAUAGUUUAGAUUGCUGUUGUUGAUGCUGUUAAUUUCCAUCCAUCCAUCAAUUUUUGCCCCUAAACUGGGGCUGGGUUGCAGUGGCAGCAGGUUAAACGAGUUAAUCCCUCUCCCCAGCAACAUUUUCCAGCUCUUUCUGGGGGAUUCCCCAGUCAGAUGCUCUGAGUCUGCCCCAUGCUCUCCUACCAGUUGAAGUGCCAAGAGAACCUCCAGCUGAAGGUGCCCAGGAGGCAUCCUGAUCAACUGGCUCCUCUGACACAAACAGCCACCCACUACUCUGGUCUCCCUCAGAUAUCUAGGCUCCUUACUGUGCCUCUAAGCCUGAGCCCAGGAGGAAACUCAUUUCAGCUGCUUGUAUUCACUGUCUCAUAUUCCAUUUCCCCAGCUUCCAGGGAUGCAUGAGAAGUUUUUCCAAAGCAGGGUGUUGAAGAGCUUGCAGACAGGGGUCCCAGCCAGACAUUGCCAGUUCACCUUCACUACAGGUUUGCAGGGGCCCAAAUGAAUCAAAAUCAGUAUAUGCCUGUGAUGACUUCUGUGACACUGUUAAAGGGAUAUUAAGCAGUAGUAGUAGUUUUAUUUGGUAUACGAACUGUUUACAGGGACACAGAGCAAUGUUAAUAAUAAUAAUAAUAAUAAUAAUAAUAGCCGUAUUUGUAAUGUGUAAUAACAGGUUCAUAGGGGCAGUAGGUGCAAUAAUGGGAUAUGAAUAUGUACAGAUAGAAAAGGAGAGAGGGAGAGAGGAGCUCAGUGCAUCAUGGGAAGUCCCCCAGCAAUCUAGGCCAAUAGCAUAAUCAGGGGAUGGUUCAGGCCUGAGCCAGCUCUAACUAUAAACUUUAUCACUGAGGAAGGUUUUAAGUUAGCUCUUAAAAGUGGAGGGUGUCUGCUUCCUGAACCCACACUGG